ACAAAGUUGUAGUGCAUUGACUGCAUUCUUGGACCGAUAAAAUAAUUACUUACCUAUAAUAGUAGCACACCUGUCUUAUGUGUCUCGGCAAUGUUGUCCGUCAGUGCAUGCCAAAUAUCUGUCACAACGUUGUCAAAGAUUGUUUAGGUUCUCUUCUUCGUACGUUUACCAUGAAUUUCGGGAUGAAAACUUUCAUUUUUCUCGUUUUGUUGUCGUUUAUUGUGCACAGUCAGGCAUCGUUCAUCCCGCCUUCCGAGUGGUGUUGUAUGUUGGCGGACGAAAUCGCACGGUCGUACAAGGCCUGCGAACGGAUUAUGUGCAAACCGGAGGAUCUGGGAAUGGAACAGAUCACACUGCCGACCAUUCCCAGCACGACAACGACCGGAGAUCCAGCCACGGCAUUGCCGAACAAUCGCUCGUCGCACUCCCACACCAUUAUCUUGCCGUUGCCCAUUCCCAUCCCGGAUUUUCCCGACACACCCGGCAACCAGACGCACAAGUAUCACGCGGAUAUCAGAAUUACGGUGGACACCAACCAGACAUAGUCUUCCGGAACCAUUCACAAAGUUCCCAUUCUAUUAUUCUAAGAUAUUCCUGAAUUACAUUGGUCUUAUAUGAAGGUAUUUGGUAGGAUGAGUUAAUGACCGUAAUUCGCAGCACGCGAAAAAGUUACUUUGAUGUUUUCUAACGUCGUCUGCCUAAUACGUACCGGAUUUCGGUAUAUACCAUUUUUAUUUAUGCCGGUAGAAUUUUUUACACAAUGUGAAACAUGAAAGUUGCUAUCACGCCGCUGUCACAUACCUUACAUACAUACGUAUUUCAACAUAAAAUAAUUGUGAAUCAAUAACACAGCAACACAAGGGUUUAAAAUU